GGAACAUUGAUCAACCUCGACUCGCUCGCACGGCUGGAUCUGUGGGUCAUGGUCUUCGGCGCGCUGCCGCACAUUGACUGGCAAUACCAGAAGGAGUUGGAGGAGAAGCAUGGCAAAGCCCUGGCGGAGGGCAGCUGCGGCCCGGGCCUUUGGAGCCUGCGGCGCUGCGUGCCCAGCGGCGAGGAGGUGAGCAAGUGCACGGUGCGUGCUUUCGAAGCCACAGAGGAGACCUUCACAUGCCACAGGUCCGUGGCCCGGGAGGAGGAGGUGCGGCCGGAAGAGCUCGCCAGCCUCACGCUGGAGCCGCUGAGCAAAGGCGCGGCCGCGUGGGGGUCCGCCAAGGUAAAUCCACGGCUGGUGGAAAAGCAGCAGGCUUGGGUGGGGUCCACAGUCAUCGCCCUCGCGGACAAGGUGGAGCGGCGCUGGGCAGAUGGGCGCCUCUAUGUUGGGGACUGGUGUGAGUCCGGCUGGCCGGACGGCCGGGGCGAGCUGAAGCAUCCAGAUGGCUGGCACCUGCGAGGGCAGUGGUGUGACGGAAAGCUGCACGGAGAGGGCGAGUACUGGUCCAAGUCUGGGCACAGCUACUCGGGUCAUUGGUCCCAGGGUCACCAAGAGGGCGAAGGCGUUGAGACCUGGCCAGACGGCACUCGCUUCCAGGGCACCUUCCGGGCCGGGUCCAUUUCCAAGGGUAUCCUGCGACUGCCGUCUGGACUGGUGAGGCGUGUACUUUGACGGUUGAACUCGAGGACUCAGUCGGGAGCUGCCGCAGAACCUCCGAAUUCCGCAGGUCCAUUCAACCCCCCCCCCAGAUGCUCUCCGGCAGUUGUGCAACAAACGCUCGGGCGAGCCAUGCCGAAAC